AAAAAUUGUGCUUGUCUUAAUUUAUCAUCGUCAUCCAAAAUUCUAAAAAUGAACGGCCUAACAAAGAUCUUAAACCAGAAAGAGAUCCUAUACAAACUCAUUAAAUGUCAGUACAGUUCUUCGACAGAUUUAAAAGAAGUUUUUGCCAGUAAAAUACCAAAAGCUGUGGAGCAAGUAAAGGAGUUUCGUAAAACACAGGGCACCAAAGUUGUUGGUGAUGUUACGGUGAACAUGAUUUACAAUGGUAUGAGGGGUAUUAAAGCUUUAAUUUGCGAAACAUCUGUUUUGGAUCCAAAUGAAGGUAUCAGAUUCAGAGGCUACUCCAUCCCAGAAUGCGAAGAGAAAUUACCCAAAGCUAAAGGUGCAACUCAACCAAUCCCAGAAGGCAUUUUCUGGUUACUUCUAACAGGAGACAUCCCCAACCAAGCUCAAGUGGACGCGGUAUCCAAAGAGUGGGCUUGUAGGUCGGCUCUGCCAGACUAUUGCUACGACUUUAUGGAAAAAAUCCCGAAAGAUGUGCAUCCCAUGUCGCAAUUUUCAGCUGUAAUUUCGAUUUUAAACUCUGAAAGUACAUUUGCAAAAGCCUACGCAAGCGGUGUCAAGAAAACCCAGUACUGGGAGUAUGUUUACGAGGAUUCCAUGAAUUUGGUGGCCAAACUAUCUGUCAUUGCUGGGUCCAUUUACGCGAAAUGUUUUAAGAAUAGUAAUCGUCCCUUGUGCGAUGUGGACGAAAAUGUCGAUUACAGUUUAAACUUCGCCAAGAUGAUGGGUUAUGACAAUAAAGAUUUCAUUGAUUUUUUGAGGUUGUAUUUGGUCAUACACUCCGAUCACGAGGGAGGAAAUGUGUCCGCCCAUACAACUCAUUUAGUGGGUUCGGCGUUGAGCGACCCAUAUUUGUCUUUUGCGGCGGGAAUGAACGGUUUGGCGGGACCUCUGCAUGGCAGGGCAAAUCAGGAAGUGCUGGAGUGGCUUCAAAAAGUGCAAAAAGAAGUUGGUGAAAAUGUUACCGAAGAAAAAUUAAAGGAAUUCACCUGGAAGACUUUGAAGUCUGGGCAAGUAGUACCUGGUUAUGGCCAUGCUGUACUGAGAAAAACAGAUCCACGUUUUGUAUGCCAGGCUAAGUUCGCAAAUAAAUACAUUAAAGAUGAUUCUCUGGUAGCCCUGUGCGGUUUGGUUUUCAAGGUUGUUCCUCCGAUUCUCAAAGAGCUUGGUAAAGUUCAGAAUCCCUGGCCAAAUGUCGACGCUCACUCCGGUGUGCUUUUGUAUCAUUAUGGCAUGAAAGAAAUGCAAUUCUACACUGUACUUUUCGGCGUAUCGCGUGCGUUGGGAGUGCUGCCCUCUCUUAUUUGGGACAGAGCCUACGGAUUGCCCAUCGAGAGACCGAAAUCCUUCUCCACUGAAGCGCUUAUAAAACUGGUGAAUAAUCCUCCAAAAUAG